UCCAAAAAGCGAAAGAAACUCUUGAUUGCCUCCGUGAACUCUCAAAUUCUCUGCAAAGGGAUUAAGGUUUUUGAAUGAAUGGCUGGUGGUUCCAGGCCACAAGUGCGGCUGAUAGGUGGACACAGGGUGGGCGUUACAGGAGAGCUCAUGUGAAGGUGGGCCCACUUGAGUAUUAGUGGGAUUAGGGGAGCGUUUUCAGGGGUGCCAAUGUUCCAGGGAACACUGACAGAACACCUUAAAUUCACAUAAACGAAAUGCAACACACGGUUUUAGGGAGGGAGGGGGAGAGGGACGGAGCGUGACAUACAAAGAGAGAGAGGGGGGAGAGAAAGAAAGAGAGAGAGAGAGAGAGCGCUCACCUUCUCAAUGAGUGUGCGAGUGCGCGUCGCGACUGCAGUUCUUGCGUGGGGAGCUCCCUGCUGUGUGUGUGUGUCUACCUGUCGGAUCCGCGCCGAUCGUGGAUCUGCCGCUCCUUCUCACAAACCAACAAAAUGUCCCCAAGGCUACUCUUUUGCCCGUUGCUGCUUUUCAUCCACGCAGCGACGGUGUGCCGUGGAUUUAACGUGGACGAGCGCUUCCCCGUGAUCAAAGAGGGCAAAACCAAAGGCAGCUUCUUCGGAUUGUCGGUGGCCAUGCACGAACAGACGGAGGGGUCCAGGAAAUACCUGCUUUUAGCAGGAGCCCCCAAAGAGAAAGCCUUAUCGCUGGCGAACGUCAAUGAAACAGGUGCCGUCUACUCCUGCCCCAUUACCACGGACGCCUCGGACUGUUCCAGAAUGGACCUGGUCAGCUCAACAGACCCGUCCGAGAUGGUGGAGGGCAUGUGGCUGGGCGUGACCGUGGCCAGCCAGAGAGUACAGUCGGCCGGACGCAUACUGGCAUGCGGCCAUCGCUACAUCAGGAUCUUCGGAAGUGGCGCAGAGGAGCAGCGGCGGAUGAUCGGAAAGUGCUUCGUGAGGAGCAAUGACCUGACCUUCGACCGUAAUGACGACUGGCAGACUCACACCUACGAGGUGUGUGACCCCACUUCCGACAUGAGAGAUGAGGGCAUGUGCAACAUGGGCAUCUCAGGUGGCAUGACGGAGAAUGACAUAUACAUGGGCAGUCCGGGCAGCUACAUGUGGCAAGGAAAUGUACAUGUCAUAUGGAGAAAUCCUGAUCCUGCCAAUUCGUGGGACUCCAUUGAGAAAGACUUUGGCUCUCUGAAAAAACAAUACAAGCUCUACUAUAUGGGUUAUUCCGUUCUUCAGGAGAAGCGUCUGCUGGGCACUGCCAACUACACAGUGGUGACGGGCUCUCCUCGGUAUGAGUCCAAGGGUUCGGUGGUCCUCGGGGUGAGGACUGACAACAACAUCGAGACGGUGCUCAUCAUCCCCGGGAAACAAGUAGGCUCGUAUUUUGGGAGCAGUCUGGCUGUCGCUGACCUCAAUAACGACAAUUGGAACGACUUAAUUGUAGGGGCCCCGUUUUACUUUGACCGCAUGAAAGAUGAGGGAGGAGCAGUUUAUAUCUACAUGAACGAGAAUGGCUCCUUCCAGAAGACUCCUACCAAGGUGCUUAAGGGCCCCACAUCCUCUGCAUUUGGCAAUGCAGUUGCCGCUAUUGGUGACAUCAACCAGGAUGGAUUCCAAGACUUUGCCGUGGGAGCUCCGUUCCAUGGCACAGGCAAGGUCUACAUCUGGAUGGGAAGUAAAGAGGGAAUCUCAGAGGAGCCGAGCCAGGUGAUUAAGGGCAAGUCGGUCGAGAACGGAGGAUUCCAAACGUUUGGCUACUCUAUCAGUGGAGGCAUGGACAUGGACGACAACGGCUACCCUGACAUUUUGGUGGGCUCUCUUGAUGACCGCAUCGCCUUGCUCAGGACUCGGCCUGUUAUCCACUUAACUAAGAGCUUUGAUGUGGAGCCAAAGAUUGUGGAUCCGAAUCAGUGCCAAGGAAGUACGCCAUGCAUCGUGGCCACUAUCUGCACGUCGUUCACCCUAAGCAACGGCAACAAAAACUUCAAGAAAAACAUCACGGUGAAAUACACGGUGGAGGCCGACAUUGAUAGGAGAAGGAGCCCGCGCGUUCGUUUCCAAGACAACGGUGAUAACACCUAUAUGGGCCUGUUGACGCUGCCGGCCUCCAAAAGUCAGUGUCAUCGUCUCAACUUGAAUGUUGUGGUGCCUUUGAGGGACAAGCUGGAGCCUGUGGUCUUCUCCCUCAACAUGUCCUUAGAUGAACAAAAACCGAAAUCAAGACGCGCCAUCCAGAACCUGGACUCAUUCCCCAUUCUCAGUCAAAACCAGAAACUCACCCAAAGAAGGGAGAUGAACUUCCAUAAGGAGUGUGGUGCUGACAACAAGUGCACCAGCAACCUGCAGCUGAAGGCCCAUUUUGCCGACAAUAAGGAAAAGCCGUUCCCCAGGCAGGAAAAAUCCCAAAUCCUCCAAUUUAACAGCAGCAUGAAGAUCAUACGCCUUAUGGUGGAGGUGACCAACUUUCCCGCAAGAGGGAAGGUGGCUGAGGACGCCCACCAGGCCACGCUCAACGUCAGCAUCCCUGAUGCGCUCAAAUACUCAGGCGUCAGGUCCCAGGAUCAUGAUGUCGAAUGUCGCUAUGACGGUUUCGUCCUUUGUGAAUUGGGGAAUCCACUCAAAGGCAAGGGAAAGGUGUCACUUGCCUUGAGGUUGGAGACGUCAGGUAUCGAUCUGUACACGGAGGAGAUUCAGACUCAGCUGCUUCUGUCUACUCUCAGUGAACAGAGCGACUUGUUGCCUGUGCCCGUCACCCUGCUGAUUGAGAACACCAUCCUCCCCUCCUUCUCCAUUGCAAACGCGCUCAUCCAAACCAAAUUUGGCGGGAAGGUGAUGGGCGAGUCGGCCAUGGUGAACAGCAGCGACGUGGGAAGUCUGCUCGAGUUCACCUUCAAUGUCAACAUGAGGGGGCCGGCCUUGGGGGACUUGGGGAUCCUGGCCGUGGAGUUUGAGUGGCCCUUUGAGGCGUCCAAUGGGAAGUGGCUCCUGUACCUGACUCAGAUCAUCGUUCAGACGCAGUCCCAGAGCGAAUGUCGACCGCCUGGAGACCUCAUCAACCCGUUGAACUUAACUCUGUCAGAAAGUGCAUCAAAACGUGUGAAACGGCAGAUCGAGGCAGACGAUCCGGACGCUGCCACCCCGCCUCAGAGGAUUGAGCCACAAGCGACCCUCACGCUGCUCACGCCACGAAAAGAAUCACACCUGUUGGAAUGCGCCGAAAGAACGGCGAGAUGCGUGACCUUUACGUGUCCUUUGUUGAACAUGAGCAACUGGGCCCAGAUUCACGUCCGCGCCCGUUUGUGGAACAGCACCAUGCUGGAGGAUUUUGCCAACGCUUUGUGGAUCAAAGUUGGAGGUGCAGCCACCCUGAAACUCAUUACAGACAAACCCACCCUUAAAAUGAAAAGCCAGACCACUCCGUUCGCCGUAGAUAUCGAGCCGGAGGCGCGGGUGGAGACUCCCUAUGAACUUCCCCUGUGGAUCAUCAUCUCCGCCAUCGUCGCAGGUGUUCUACUUCUAGGAAUCAUCAUUCUUAUACUUUGGAAGCUUGGAUUCUUCAAGCGAUCCCUCUACUACCGGAUAAUGCCAAAGCACCGCGGGGUGAAACUAUGCAAGGCCGAUCGCUAUCAGUUCAACGUCGGAUUUGAACCGGAGGAGCCACACAGAAAGUAUUGGAUUACCAACUGGACAGAGAUGCAGCAUAUCUACUACUGAGGCCAUGACUUAGACCUCUCAGCAACUGACUGGCCAAAUGAAAGAAAACUCGACCCAGUCUGGGCCAACAGUGGAUACAAAUGUGUUGAUUUUAUUUGUAGAUUUCUCAGUGCAAUAUGUUGAACAUUUUUGUCUCGGAGAUUGUAAUUGUUGAGUAUUCGUACUGACUGCAGUGUUGUGAAUUGAAUAUUGACGCUCUCAGGUCGUCGUUUUCCAUGUUCAGAAUUUGGUGCGAUAGCUUCUUCCUCAUGUUGACCUUUUUUCCUUUGUUACCCCGAUCAGCCCCAUUUUUUGUUCGCAGUGAUGCCUUGAGAUACAACAAUUCCUCAAAAAAGUGGCUUCAAGCGGUUUCAUGCAAAUCUCGUACAGCUUAAUGCGAACAAGCAAUGCAAAACCUCAGGCAAGCUCACAAAUUGCAGCGGAUAUUUGAACACAAAUGGUGCAUUAACACAGGUAGACUGACAAUAUACCAUUACUUACAACAGGCAUAUAUUUUUUAAUUAUCUGCGGAAACAACUAAUAUUCCUGCAGCUUACUGAGCCUCUUCCAGUAGUUGUGAAACUCUUCUUCAUAUCUGUGUAUGAGUGCGUUAUACUGCCCCCACUGGCACACCAAUAAAAGCAGCAAUGUAUUAUGACGCACACAUUCUAUACAUUUUCUUAAGUUUUAUACUUCAUAUUUUAUAAACUGCAAUAUUUGAGUGUCGAAACACAUUCCAAACAUUUUGAAUUUCUGGGGUAAGCUGGAACAGAUUAAUGGCAUUUCCAAUCAUUUCAAUGAGGAACGAUGGUUUAUGUUACAAGUGUCAUGUCACAGAUGAACCUUGUAUCUUAAGGCACCAUUGGACAGUAUUUGUGCUUCUGUGUCAUUGCUAUCAGCGUCAAGCGGCAGGCUUUAAUACCUUCAGCAGUUUUUUUUCAAAAUCUGUUGAUCUCCUGUGCAGAACGCGAUGAGUUCAUUUUUGUUUUCACAACUCGUAAAUGUUUCGAUUGUGAUAUGUGUCAUCGGUACGUUAUCGCUCAGCGAGUUACCCCCCUAGAAAUCUGCAAAUGUCAUGGCCAAUGAGUGGAGAUCAUUUGUUGUGUAUAUUUGUACGAGACUUUGGGAUGCCGUCCAAGGCUUUUGGGAAGCUUUUAGGUCCGAAAAAGCGGACGGGACUGAGAAGACAUUGAGUCAGUCGUCUCUCGUGGGACAAAUGUUGCCUUGCUGCUUUUUGCUCACGUUACCUGAGAGCUGCCAGGUAUUCCGCCGUGGCACUGAGAACUGCAACCCUCACAGAGGCCCCUUUGACUCCUCAGGAUGGAGCGGGCGGGGGGAAGGGCUAAAAUGCACAAACUCUGCUCUGAUGAUUUUUUUUUUUUAUACUGUGCAGUUUUGAUGUGAUGUAAUUGAAUUGUUCAUAAGAUCGUUUAAAAUAGUUUUCUGCAAA